UUCUUCUCUCUGUAGCCUGAAGUAGUCCUGGUUUACAAGUCCACUAAUCUUCAUCACUCACUCCCUGUCCCUUUUCUCAGCCACGCACCAAUUCUCCCCCACAUAACCAGACACUACCUGCCUACAACAGCACAAACAAACAUCACAACUCACCACAACUCCACUUUUAACCAGUCUGUCAUUCCAAAAUCCUUCUAACAAUAACCACCAAGAGGAAGACUUGUUUUGAUAUCCGCUUUUGGAAGGCGAGAGUUAGACAUGGCCCUUUCACGACCUCUCCCUGAUAUCCUUUACCUCCCGUUCCUCCUCCUCCUCCUGCUGCUGCUGGCUCUGACCCAUCAAGCAUGCGGCAUCCGGUGCGUGCAGUGCGAGGCAGAGGGGCGCGAGGACGAGUGUUUCGUUAAGCCGCCGCCGCCCAUCGAGUGUGGCAGAGGCAUGAGUGUGUGUCUCACUAUCCACACCUACACGCCAGUCAGGGAAGACUCGCGUAAGAUGCUGUCACUUGUCCGCACAUGCGCCCCGACUGACAUGGGGUGGGACUGUGAGAGAGGCAGGACGAAGGGCGGCCAGCAGAUGGAGGUAUGCCACGAUACCUGUACCUGGGACGGAUGCAACCACGCCCCCUCCACCGUUGCCCCCGCCCUGGUGGUGACGGCAGCUCUUCUCACCAAUGUGCUUCUUCUCUGAUCUUUCUCUCAUAUUCCUCUCAGCUCACAACCACGGAUGUCUGCGGGAUCUGGUGGUUUCAUUCCCUCCGUCGCUCUCUUUCUUCCUCAGUUCCGGUGCCUUGGAAUUAUGUGAACUUCGUGAAGGCCACUGAGGAGGAAGGCGCUUGUCACGUAAUGAAGCGUCAGACGAAGCGCUAAAAACUCUGUGAUGUUUAUUUAGCAUUGCUUCGAUAGGCUGUGUAUGCGUGCUUGUGUGUUUUUUGCACAGAUGUGUAUCCUGUCCUGUGUCGACUUAGAUUCUUGUGUUAAGUGUUUUGUAUGAAUGUUUCGUUUAACCAAAGUAUGCAUUCUAGUCACUGUAAUUUAUGUAUGUAGUUAAUAUGUCUUUCAUGCUUGAAUAAAGAUACAAAUUUUC